AUGGUAAUUUUAUUUCAAACGUGUUCCAAGACAGUAACAGUACGAACUACUAAAUGUCAAAUUGUGCAAGCCAAACCAGAUCGUAAAGUUUUUAGACCAGUAAAAUCAUUAAAUAAAAUACCCGAUGAAAUAAUUAAUAAUGAACAUUUGCAAAGGUUGUCAAAACUUUUACCAUCAAAUUAUAAUUUUGAAAUUCCAAAAACUAUUUGGAGAAUACUUGAUUUGGGAGCAAAAAGAGUAGCGUUGCAAAUGCCCGAAGGAUUACUAAUGUAUGCCACCACCAUUGCUGAUAUCAUUGAAAUAAUUACAGAAGCUGAUGUUAUCAUUAUGGGUGAUGUAACCUAUGGGGCUUGCUGCAUUGAUGAUUUUACUGCCAAAGCUCUCGAUGUUGAUCUUUUAGUGCAUUACGGUCAUAGUUGUUUAAUUCCAAUCGACAGAACAUCUAGUGUUAAGUUUCUUUAUGUUUUUGUGGAUAUAAAAAUAGAUCCAGAGCAUUUUAUUGAAACAAUUAAAUUUAAUUUUAACAUUGAUCAAAAGCUUGCUUUUGUUAGCACAAUUCAAUUUGUUACUACGCUAAACACAUCAGCUGAGAAAUUAAGAGAUAUCGGUUACUCAGUAGUUAUACCGCAAGUGAAACCAUUAUCAUCCGGAGAAAUUUUGGGAUGCACAGCCCCAUAUUUAAACAAUGUAGAUGUCAUAGUUUAUUUAGGAGAUGGACGAUUUCAUUUGGAAUCAAUCAUGAUAGCAAAUCCAACUCUUAAAGCAUAUAGGUAUGAUCCAUAUCAGAAAAAAUUUAGCGAAGAAGGCUACAGUCAUGAAUUAAUGAAGGAAAAUAGAGCGGCUGCAAUAAGUAAAGCGAAGAAUAUGCAAACAUACGGAGUAAUUUUAGGAACUUUGGGAAGGCAGGGAAGCACUAAAAUCCUAGAUUAUAUGCUUGAUCAAAUUAAAAAACUAUCAAAGACUUCGAUAGUAAUAUUACUCUCUGAAAUAUUCCCUCACAUAUUGAAUCGAAUGCCACAAGUUGAAGCUUGGUGUCAAAUUGCUUGUCCAAGAUUAUCCAUCGAUUGGGGUGAAGCAUUUUCUAAACCUUUAUUAACAUCUUAUGAAUUUAAUACCAUGUUACAUAAUGCUGAUUUGUUUUGGAAAGACAAAAUUGAUGUUCCAUAUCCGAUGGAUUAUUAUGCAAAUAAUAGUUUAGGACCGUGGACAUCAAAUCAUAAACGAGUAAAAUAA